CAAUACUUACAUCAAACGACCAAUUCACCCCCGAUCACCACUAUAUAUAAACACGACUUCCCUAUUAUCUUUUCACCAAAUCACAACCAUCUGUCAUUCACGACUUCUCUUUCCCGAAUCCCGUACACUGAAAUUUACAUCUCUUUUUCACACAAAAAUAUCAAUGGCGGAAAAACAAGAAGCUACGGAAAGAGCCUACACUUCACCACAGGUAAAUCCCUACGGCCGAGUGGACGAGGAGAUAGCCUCCGUCGCUGAAAAGGAAGAAAGGCGCAAGAAGCGCAUGAAAUGCUUCGUCUAUCUCAUUGCCUUCAUCGUGUUUCAGACUGGCGUUUUCUUGAUUUUUGGUCUCACAAUCAUGAAGGUGCGCACUCCAAGGUUCCGUGUCAUGUCCGCCUCAUUCGACACGUUCGAUGUCGCCACUUUGGACACCAACCCCUCUUUCAACAUCAGGAUGAUCACCCAACUUGGAGUUAGAAACCGAAACUUUGGCCAUUACAAGUACCAAAACAGCACGAUCGAGUUCUUCUACCAGGGGACUAAAGUCGGGGAGGCGUUCGUGCCCCGUGCGCGCGCCAAGGCACGAGCCACCCGGAAAUUCAACGUGACAGUGGAUAUUUCGUCGGCCGCCGUGCCAAGGGACGUGCUGGCCAAUGAGUUCAGGACUCAUGCUGUGAUUCCGCUGAGGAGCCAAGCGAGAUUGAGAGGGAAGGUGGAGAUUAUGAAGAUCAUGAAGAAAAACAGGUCAUCUAAUAUGAAUUGCUCAAUGGAGAUCAAUAUCUCGUCCAGACAGCUUGGGAAUAUCUCCUGCAGAUGAUUCUUUCAACUUUAUUUUAAUUUCAUUAUUAAUUAGUAAUUAUUGGUUUUGAUCGUGUGAUAUUGCAUUGUUUUUAUUUUUUUUAAUUUUAUUUUAAUUUCUGAAAAUAUUAUUUUCGGAUUUUUUUUUUUAUUUUCCUUAGACAAGGUUCAGUGUGUUUCACACUGGCCCUUGUUGUAGUAGUAUUCUUUGUAUACUGCAUUUUACCUAUUUGAAUAAACGGAUAUUUAAUUUUGCCCGGA